AUUAACACAUGUUUGAAAUUUACGUGAAGCGUGAAGCAUGUGUGUAUUUUUCUGCAGCAUUUUUAAUCGUAAAUCUUAAAAUAAUAAGUUUAUCAUGGAAGAAAAUACCCCAACAGUUAGUUUAAUAUCAUGCAUGCACUUUGUAAGAAGAGGAGUGGCAAAAGCAGUUCCUGAAAAGAUUGAGCUAACAGAAAAAGAACUGGAAAAUAUAAUUAAACAGACUGCUAAUGAUUUAAGAAUAACAGAACAAGGUGAUGACCAGAGUGAUGAUGAAGAUGCUCCAGAAGCCCCCGCUCGACCGGUCAACCCUGAUGAUGAGUUCGACUUUGAGAAUUAUGAUGCUGAUGACACAGCUAACACUAUUGGACUUGGUUCAGUGGCAACAGUACCAAACUUAGGAGAUCUCAGUGAAAAUGUGCAAAUCAAUACAGAAGGCCCUGACAGUGAUGAAGAAGAUGACAUCAUCAAACCGGAUGACAAUCUAUUGCUGGUCGGCCAUGUUGAGACAGACGCUAGUGUUUUAGAAGUCUAUGUAUUCAACAAGGAAGAGGAUUCAUUCUACGUGCAUCAUGACAUCCUGCUCCCGUGGUUCCCGCUGUGCAUCGAGUGGCUCAGCCACGACCCCAGUGACCCCAAACCUGGCAACCUGUGCGCGCUGGGCGGCAUGGACCCGGUGAUCCAGGUGUGGGACCUGGACAUCGAGAACUGCCUGGAGCCCGCCUUCAAGCUCGGCGUCAAGCCCAGCAAGAAGAAGAAGACGAAGCGAGUAGGACACAAGGACGCCGUGCUCGACUUGUCCUGGAACUCCAACUUUACACAUGUCCUGGCUUCGGGCUCAGCUGACAAGACAGUCCUGCUUUGGGAUCUGGACCAAGGAACGCCGCACACCAAGCUAGACUACUUCGAAGAUAAGGUGCAAAGCCUGUCGUUCCACCCUCGCGAGGCGCAGACGCUGCUGAGCGGCGCGUGCGACGGGCGCGCGCGCGUGACGGACUGCCGCAGCCCCGCGGCGCACCGCGCCUGGGCCCUGCCGCCGGAGAUCGAGCGCGCCGUGUGGGACACGCUGAACCCGUUCUGUUUUGCGAUGAGUAACAACGAGGGCAAGGUGGCGUACGUGGACUGCCGGCAGGACGAGCCGCUGUGGGUCAUACAGGCGCACGAGAAGGAGGUCACAGGUCUGAUCCUGAGCGAGCGCGUGCCCGGCCUCAUGAUCACCGUGAGCACGGACGGCAAGAUGAAGACGUGGGACACCACGUGCACCCCCCCACUGCAAGUAUCCGAGCGCACGACGGCGGUGGGCGCGGCGCUGUGCGCGUGCGCGUGCCCCGACGCGCCCUAUAGCGUGGCGGUGGGCGGCGACAACAAGCAGAGCGUCAUCGAGAUGUACCACGUGGAUAUUAACGAAGAAGUGUGCAACCGCUUCGGCUCGCGACCGCUGGUGCCGCUACCGACUCCGCCGAGCGAGCAAAUGGAGUCUUAGUUACUAUGCCUACUUACAUAAGUGUAAACUAAAAUAUAUUUUAUGACGUUAAACUUAACACUUGUCUUAUUUUCCCCUCGUAAUAAGGUACCGUUAAACGUUAUGGAAAGUCUUAGUAAGCGUUAUCUUAGGAUUGGAAUAAAAUAGUAUGUGUUGAUAAUGACUAGGUAGUCGGUGUUUAUUUUAUGUACAAUAUAAUCAUAAUUAUGUAGCUAUGUAUUAUCCACCACCUUCACAAUACCAGCACAUACCAUUCUGUUCAUAUCUCGGGCGUUCCUACUUCGCCUCCAACGUCACUCCAAAUCACAACUUAGAAGAUACAUCCCUGCAAACAAAAUUUGCUGUUAGAGAAAAUCAAAGAAUAUUUAUUAAAUAUAGACAUAUAUUUGCCAUAACUUUCUUACAGUGCAAUAAAAUUGUGUAUAAUGAUUAUGAAUAACAAUAAUUUCAAAGAAUGUUUCUAAAUGUAGGUCGAAAAUCUAGUCUUCAACGUGAGCAAUUUAUUGUUGAUACAGAUCAAGCAAAAAUGGUUAAUAAAAUGAUUUCUAAGUAGUCUUUAUAUGUAGUAACAAAUAUGAACCAUGAUUAUUGGUCAUGUAAUACUGAUGAGCAACUAUUUUAAUGUUAUAUUUUAUUUACAUAUUAAUAAGCUCACUUACUUUAAAAAUUGUAAUCGCAUUGUGUCAGGCAAAUAUUUAAACUAAAUAAUUUUAUAGUAAAUUUAGCUCCACAGCCUAAAAUAUUUUCACUAAAAUUAAUUGAUCAUAUCAAUACAUUUCUACGUAGAUACGAGUGAUAAAUAAACUAUUUCAUUGUUGUAUCUAACUUACUUUUUAAAUGAUUCGACCAAAAAGUCUAGGCUAAGUUACAAUGAACACUCACGUAAAUAUUGCAUAUACUUAGCACAUUAUAUUAUGUAUAAAUAUUUCAAAACAGCAGCUUCGUUCAACUUGUGUCUUCGAAACAGCUACACCUGUAAAUGUUCCGAGUUCACACCGGGUAAACGUAAGUAUACAAACUACUCGACGUAAAUAGUGUAUUAAAUACAAAUAAAAAAAACAUAAAUUAGUUUAAAACUAAUCUCUAAAAUGCGUGAUU